CGUUUGAUCAAACCCUUAAUAUCAAGUUAUCUUCGUUUCUCUUUUCAUUUCCUUUUCAGAUUCAAAACCCUAAACCUACUACUUCUGCGAAUUUAAAUUAAAACCCACAUAUUCUCUCUUCCCCUCUUUUCUCCUGCUUCUGACUACCUUCACCAGUGCUUCGUGGUUUUGAUCAGAAGCCCUGGGGCUUCCGAGUUUUUGGUGCUUGAGCGGCCGGGCUCUUCGGCUGCUCAAGCAUGAUGGAGCCGACUUCGUGCUCCUUGUUCCGAUGGCUCUUUGUGGCCUGUCGGUUUUGUGGCCCCUUUGGUGGCUCUUUUUGUUUUAUGUUUUAUGUUUUCUGCUUUGGUUUCUUGGGUUCUGCUUUUCUGUUUUCUUGUUUGCUUGCAGAUCCGGCGGCCUACCUCUCUUUUCGGCAGAUCUGUGGCGGUGCUUGCUGGGUUCUCCAGAUCUGGCGCCCAUCGCGACCCUCCUGUUGAUUUUCCGAGGGAUGGUCUUCGGUUGCCAGGGUUCUCGCCUCGGCAUCCUGGAGUCUGGCUGCAACCUCUAAAUGGGUGGAUAGAAGGGUGUACCGCUGGAUCGCUCGACCGAAGGCACCCUUGGUCCUUUGUGGUUGGCCGAGUGCACGAUGCACCUCC